GUUGUAGGUGGAAACGAGGCUGGACUGAGUUGCAGCCAUUUGCUCACGGCCUCCCCAGGGGUGGGAGGCAGCGGGAAUCCGAGGAAAUAAGGAAUCAAAGGGACUCCAAAGAGGCCCAUCUACACUGACAGAAGAACUAGCAGCUUGAGAGUAAAUCCUACCCCUGUUAAUCCUGUUUGAUGUUUCUUGGAAUGAUGCAAGUCAUUGAGACUCUUGGGCCUCCCUGUAAUUUAAUUCUCCCACCAUUCCGGAGUGGUGUGUGUGUGCUGGCCUCAGGAAACGAGCAGCUAUUUCCAUUCCUCCGGCCCUUGCUGUUUUCCAGCCAACUAGUGUGCCUUUGGAUUUGUUUCUGUUGCCCAGGUCAAGGCCUGCUUUGUUUUCCCUUCUAACACUAUUUAUAAUUUCCCAAUUGCUAUUUUAAGUUCUUUUGAGGGAAGAUCCCACCUCCAAGAACCUUUCUGGGUGCGUUUCCUCCUAGGCAGGUGUUGAAUUGAGUUCUUCAGGUCCCCAAGUAGCUCUUGGGCAGGAGGGAUAAAAGCUAUUUUAGGGUAGUCACUGAAGUGGAGCUGUUAAUCCUCUGUGGGUCUCUUUGGUUAAGAACACUCAGAGAUUAACCCUUUCCUUGCUGCAGAAACUGCUGGCUCAACAUUAUUUGAUGGGGAGAGUUGGGAAAACUGGACUGUGGCAGCCGAAGGUGGGAACACAAAAUUCAGUACAAAGACCAAGAUAAUAGCUUUCUUUUGCUGGGCACUUUGAGCAGGCCAAACCCAAUGCUGAGCUUUUUGCAUACCUGACUAAAAUAAUCCUUACAACCAGACUGUGAGGUAAGUAUUUUUAGCUUUACUGAUGAGGAAACAGGCUAAUAAUGGAGAAAGAACGCAGUUUCUAUAGAGAUGAUGUAACACCAUAAAAACUAUAGUUUCAUCAGAGGGCAGCCUACAUCACAGCACUACAGAAGACAGACCGGAGCUUCUAAAGGCCACAGAGAGCAUUGAGCAAGCAUUCUUACUUUGGGUAUGGAACUUUAAUAAUAGAAGAGGGCGUAAUAAAGUAAUCAUCCAGGCAAGAAGAAAACUGACCCAGGGAUGUGCUGGAGGGAGGUAAAGGGCUGGUGGUGAGGGUUAACAGUGAGGGAAAAGAGGAAGGCUGAGUUCUAAGAUGUUGGGAAGGGAAGGAAACUGACUUUGAGGCAUGAGAAGUAACACCAAGAGGGAGAGAGAGAAGUUCCACUUGGCCUGCUGAAGAGUGGCAGCAGUGAUAUUGCCCUUGUGGGCUUCAUUUGUUCACAAUUCAUGUUACUCUCAAUAGUGCCAUUUCUUCACUCCAUCCUCCAGAAAAUGUACAGGUUGAGAAUGAAUCUCUUUCAGAAGUUGAGGAGAGUAAGGUUCAGAGAAAUGAAGUAACCUGCCUGUGGUUUCACAGCCAGUGAGUGGUGGCUCUUCUGAUAGCAAGUCCAAGGUUCUUUCUGUACUGCCUCCCCCUUCAGAUCAGAUGCCAGAAGAAUCUUGGGCUGAAAAUACACUGACUUAUACCAGUCCCUGGGAGGGAUUGUGUUUGUUUUAUGGAAACAGGUUCUGUCAGCUUCUCCAUAGCUAUGGUUAGAGUGAGACCAGAAGAGCAGCUUUGGAGAGAAGCAACAUUCUUUCACAGUUUUGACAGGAAGUCUGAAGAACUAGGUCUGAUUCAUGAAUCAAACUCAGGAUUUUUUUUUAAUCAGAGGAGUAUGCAGACAAAGAACACAGAGAAAGUCAGACUAGAUCCCCAAAAGGUUCCUAGUAUCAGCAACUGUGGCUGCCCAGCAGCCUGGUGGCCACUGAUUAUAGGUAAGGAUCUUGCUGUUUUCUCAGAGGCCUAGGGAAGUAGGAUCAAGGCGGUGACUCUUUUCUUCUAAAGCCAUAGCCUCAUUAAUGCUGAAGUUGAGCACGUGGUUCCCACCUUCCUCCUCUGGUUCUGUCUGCAUCCUCAUGAGCUCUUAGCCACUAACAGCCUGUUUCCUAGAAGCCCAUUACUCACUCUUUCAGUGCCAGCAUGCUAAACUGCUGUGUCUUGUUUGUGCAUGUUCACCAGAACAGAUGAGGUGGACGUGUGGGAGGUGGGGAUGUACCAUUCUCUCUCUGAGUUUGUGCGGAAUUUCCAGAGAUAGGCUCCCUUUUCUCAUCAGCUAGAGCGAUGUGACUUGCUUUCCUCUAGCUGCUAUUCCCAACUUCCACGGCUGAGAUGCAUGAUUUAGAUAUGAAGCGGGAGCGGAAUUUGACUUUGAAGGUAUGGGGCAUUCUCUCUAAACUAGACAUGCAUACUUGGAGCUCAUUCUCUCCAGUUCCAAGGUACAUAGUCAUCGCUGGUAUAAACACGCAGUUCCACCCUUGAGCAGGAGGGGAGGAAGUUUGAACAAUGAAAGCCAGCCAUCAGUGCCUUUGAGAUGUAUAGAGAAUAGGCAGAUAUUCCAGGAUAACUCAAGUGAGUAUUUUUCAGUAAUUUCUUGCUCUUCCCCGUACAUGAUUAGUACAAAAUACUGCCACUUUUGUGCAGAUGAUUUUAGGCAAAUCCCCACUUGUGAGGGGAAAUGCCUGUCAUAUUACAUUACAGUGUUUUUUCAACAAAAGGAAUGAUUCCUGAACAGGAUGUAGUUCAUGGUGUGAUGAGCGAAGCUCUCUGGGGCAUGAACCCGCUGAUACGAUCAUCUCGUUCAUGGCCAGUCUGUUGGAUGAAUGGUCACUGUAAGCAGCAGGUGCUGAUUAGCUGAGCAAGCAUUCCAUGGUCCACAGCUAGUUUGUGCAGUCGACGCUCUCCCCAGAUUCUUAUAGCCAAUUCCCAGAUACACCAUCAUUGCUCUCUUUACGUGGAAAAUCCUCAUGACUAAAUUUUGGGAUAGUUUCUGAUUUGGUGUCAGGAAGGGGUUGUGUUAUUGUUACUCUGUCUUCCUCUCCUUACUACACCACUGUCACCAACAAGGGGAAGGGUCAGAUUUCAAGUUUUGGCUUCUUUCUCUGGAGGGUGGUAAACUCAGUUUUAAACUAGAAUUUCUGGGCAUAAAUUAAGCCCCUGAGAAUCAACUUGAGUUCAGAGAGUAAUGUACUCAUUUAAAAGAAAGUUGAAAUUCCUUCUCUAGAUGUUAGGUAUAUGGAAAUGAAAGGAAUACAGAAGGAUCCCUCCGAGAUUAGUCGGUGGUGAGGACUUACUUACAUUCCAAGAAUGUUAUCUGUCUUAGUAGAGGAUUGCAUGUGUACCCUUUGAGUCUCUAGAGUGAACCAUACAGCACUUUGGGUUUUUGUGGUUUAAAAGAAAACAAAAAAACCAUGGGGCUUUGGUAAAGAUGGACCUGGACAACAAAAGAUCCAGAAAGGCAGUAGAGGUCAGGGUAAGACUGGCACUAGAUUAGGGAAGGUUCUUGGAGUCAACUUCUAGGUUCUCAAGAAGGAACCUCCUGAUGCUAAGAAAUGCAUGUGGCACAGGGGCUGGUUUGGGUCUGAAUUUCCAAUGAAAGGGUUCUCAUUCUCUGUUGCCUUUUGGAUAUUUUAUUAUUCCUUAGCACCUCUGGUGAGGGGAAUAAUAGAGGAUGGAGUGAAGUAGGGUGAGGAGGAGGAAAGCUAUCUAAGCUUUAUGGGAAUGAUAUAAAAAUGAAGGGUAAGUUUAAUUCCUUGGAUUACUUUGUCUCUUCUAGCCUAGAGCUAGAAUAACCCCGAUGAGCACUGGCAAGCACCAAGUACCAAUGGAAGCUUUAUACUCAUUGCUGCAUUGACCUCCAAAACAUGAUUUUGGGGGUUGUGUUUGUUUUGUAAAUAAGGAAGCAGGCCAGGGAAGCAAGUGCUUGUUUGAAAGUCACGCCACUAUUGAGUGGGAGGAGGUGGCUGGUGUUCGUUUGGGAGGUGUUUGCUAGAGCCUCUGUGCCCUGGGUAUGGGUCUUCCUAACACCAGGUGCUAUGUUUCAGGUGAAGAGACUGUUUUCUGAAGGCUGCGUUGGAGACUGUGACCGAGCAGACUGAGCAGAACCGAUGGGGAGGCCUUCUGAAUAACAUGGCCCUCUGCCAUUAGCCUUGCCAUGACCACAUUUUUCACCAGCGUCCCUCCCUGGAUUCAAGAUGCAAAGCAGGAGGAGGAAGUGGGCUGGAAACUAGUUCCCAGGCCUCGGGGCCGGGAGGCAGAGAGUCAAGUGAAGUGCCAAUGUGAAAUCUCGGGGACACCUUUCUCAAAUGGGGAGAAGCUAAGGCCUCACAGCCUUCCCCAUCCGGAGCAGAGACCGUAUAGCUGCCCUCAGCUGCACUGUGGCAAGGCUUUUGCCUCCAAGUACAAGCUGUAUAGGCACAUGGCCACACACUCAGCCCAGAAACCCCACCAGUGCAUGUACUGUGACAAGAUGUUUCACCGAAAGGACCAUCUGCGGAACCACUUGCAGACCCACGACCCCAACAAGGAGGCCCUCCACUGUUCUGAGUGCGGUAAGAAUUACAAUACAAAGCUGGGUUACCGUCGCCACCUGGCCAUGCAUGCUGCCAGCAGUGGUGAUCUCAGCUGCAAGGUGUGCCUGCAGACCUUUGAGAGUACCCAGGCCCUAUUGGAGCACCUGAAGGCUCACUCACGCCGGGUCGCAGGAGGUGCCAAGGAGAAAAAGCACCCCUGCGACCACUGUGACCGGCGGUUCUAUACUCGGAAGGAUGUUCGACGGCACUUAGUGGUCCACACUGGUCGUAAAGACUUUCUGUGCCAGUACUGUGCCCAGAGGUUUGGCCGCAAGGAUCACCUGACACGCCAUGUCAAGAAGAGCCACUCACAGGAGCUGCUCAAGAUCAAGACAGAGCCAGUGGAUAUGUUAGGCUUACUCAGCUGCAGCUCCACAGUCAGUGUAAAGGAAGAGCUGAGCCCUGUGCUCUGCAUGGCUUCUCGGGACGUGAUGGGGGCCAAGGCCUUUCCUGGCAUGUUGCCCAUGGGUAUGUAUGGUGCCCACAUCCCUACCAUGCCCAGCGCGGGCGUGCCACACUCCCUGGUGCACAACACGCUGCCCAUGGGUAUGAGUUACCCUCUGGAAUCUUCUCCUAUCUCCUCCUCAGCUCAGCUCCCUCCAAAAUACCAGCUUGGAUCUACCUCAUACUUGCCUGACAAACUGCCCAAAGUGGAGGUGGAUAGUUUUCUGGCAGAGCUUCCUGGAAGCCUCUCUCUCUCAUCGGCUGAACCCCAGCCCGCCUCACCUCAGCCAGCGGCAGCUGCAGCCCUUCUAGAUGAAGCCCUGCUCACCAAGAGUCCCGCCAACCUCUCUGAGGCCCUCUGCGCUGCUAAUGUGGACUUCUCUCAUUUACUGGGCUUUCUUCCACUCAACCUACCCCCAUGUAACCCACCAGGGGCCACAGGAGGCUUGGUCAUGGGCUACUCCCAAGCUGAAGCACAGCCUCUGCUCACCACUCUGCAAGCUCAGCCUCAAGAUUCCCCUGGAGCUGGGGGACCCCUGAACUUUGGACCUCUGCACUCCUUGCCUCCUGUCUUCACCUCUGGCCUGAGUACCACCACCCUGCCUCGUUUCCACCAAGCAUUCCAGUAGCCCCCAUGGAGGUCCCCCACUCAGUCUUUUGGGUCUGCAAGGGAGCCUAAGUACCCACCCCGUCCACCUCUCCCAUGAAGGCAGCUGAGCUUUCAGAGCUGGGUUCAAAAAGAAAAUUCCAGUGUCUAUAUGGAGCACUUGGUUUGGGGGUUCAGGCUCCAGGAUCGUUCUAGAGGGAUCCUUGAACCCAGCCCCGUGAACAAUCUAUCAUAGGACUUUCAGGUAUUUUUACUUUUAUUUUUUGAUCUGAACUGGGAGCUAUUUUUAGCCCUCUGUCUCUCCAAAGCAUCAGAACCACCUUCAAUCUGGAGAAGGGGAAGCCUCUUGGAGACAGAGGGUUUUACCUUGUAUGACCUCAAGAGAAAUAGCUUAAGAAGCCCGCCUUCUGGUUCCAACCUGCAGACCCUCCAGCAGUUGGCCGUUGAGUCCCUGCUGUGGAAGGUCUCUUGACUAUUACCUGCUUCCAGCUACCAGGCAGGAAAGGGGCUCUAUUCUCAGCAAUCCCAUCCCUACUCUACCAGCAGCUCCAUUUCAGUCAGUGUUGUCCAGCAACGGUACCGUUUACACAUUCUCCUCAGACACACCAUUUCACCUCCCUCGCCACACUGUUAGCCUUAGAGUAAUUGCAGUGAACACUGUUUACACACCGUGAAUCCAUUCCCACCAGUCCAUUUCAGUUGCCACCAGCCUGAACCACUUGGUACCUGGUGUUAACUGGAACCCUGUUUACAAGGCGGAGUCGGGUCUUGCUGACUUCUCUUCACUUGAGGUCACAUUUUUUUCCCCUGUGGGGAAAUAAACUGACUUUGGAUUGCUUCAGUUUCUGCCAUCUCCAUGACUGCUUCUGUUCCUGCCUUCCAUGGCAGUGUCCACAGGAGACAGGCAAGAAGAUUGGAGCAGCUUUCUCACAGGUCUGCAAUUUGGUUUUUCUCCAAGUACAUCAUGACACCUUCAUCCUCCUGAACUGGAGAGAGGAAGAAAUGAAAGGCAUCCAUAUCCACCAUUUCCCCAGUCUCUAGCCCCACCCUGGACAUCAUGAGCUGUUGUAUUUGUCUUGGAAGGAGGGGUUCUGGGCUCUGGGCUGGUUAGCAGAGAAGAGGGAAUGUGCCCUGUGUUUGUUUCCCUCCUGCUUGUCCUUUCUCUAGGACAGAAUUGAACUGUCAGAGGAGUUUCUAGAAAGUUAGGAUUGGGCAGAUAGUUGAGUCCUAAUCUAUCAAAUCAUUGUUGCCUCUCAUACCAAAAUGUUCUUACCUACAGUGUCCCUUCUCCUUUCCCUGCUUCGCAGUCCCCAUGGACUCUGGGCACUGUGCAUUGUCUUCUCUGCUCUCUGUUGAAGACCUUCCACCUGUCGUGGUCCCUUCAGUUGCCCCGAGUAUCUAGCAGUGUUUCUUGAAAGAAGUUAGUUCUUCUGCUGACUUGGGGCUCUCUGCCACAGACUGCACAACCCUUGCCCAGAAGCAGUCAAAUCCCUACUCCCAUUUCAUCUCGGUUCUGUAUGGGCUUUUCCCAUGCAUGGAAGGGAGGCAGCUCAGGGACCAUCAUUGUGGAACCUUUUGAGACACCUCUCUAAUUCAGAAACACACUUCUACCUCUUUACUGUUAACUCUUACAGAUGUAGCCAGCAGCCUGGGCACUUCUGUUAGUGGUGCCUUUUGCUGGCUCCUCCACUAGGGUUUCAGGACAGACUACCUAGGAACUGCCUCAAUCUCCCACCAGUUCUUCCCUGCCCCUCCCUUCUGUCUAGAUUCACUUCAGUUUAUCAUUGGGAACUGUGCAGGUCCAAGACCUGGACUCCUGCUUCAGCCCAGGCCAGUACUCCUUGUUUAAGGUGAAAACCUUCAGAUUUAACUCCCUGGCCCUUGUUUGGAAGCAAUGUGGAGUGAAUAAGAUGUUUUGAUUUAAGCAAGGUAGCUUGGAAUACCUUUUUUUAAAAAAACUGGAUAUAAAUACGUCUGACAGGAUUGGAAUCAGACUAGGUGAUUUGCUUCUAAAGAUUAGUUUCAGUGAGUCCCAGGGACUAAUUAAGGUUUAUUUUUAAAAGCGUCUACCUUGGUACGCAACCAUCUCCUGCAUGCUAUGCAUGUUGUUGGGACUCGUAUUACAGGAAAUGGCAUGUGAGAAUCCAAGUGGAACUCGCUGCUGCCAUUUUCCUUGUGUUUGGUCUUCACUAGACCCAGGCCCUCUUCUCCCUUUGCCUGCCACCUCCCUAUCGCCCCAUUUUCAGAAGCCAGUAGCCUCCAGCCACACAGUAUAGUGCACUGGGCUGUUUGAGGAGAUCUUUUCUCCUGAGCUUGUCCUCCCGUGGUGCUCAUAGGACAGCAGAGCACUUAUUGUAAACCUUGUAACUGGGGCCUCGUUCCCACCUCCAGUCUUUUCUCUCUGCCUUUCCUCAUCCAUCCUUUCUGUUUUCCAGCUUUUCUCAGUGUCCUUACCUAAGGAAAUUUCCUAUCACUGUGAACUUCACUGGUUAUCUGCCUUCACUCUUUCGGACCACAAACCACCCUGCAGUUUCUUAACUCUUUCCCCAACCUACCACCCAAAAGAGCCUUUUUGGCCAGUUGUUAAAAGGAUAAAAAUAAUUUGCUCUGUACUUGGUGCCCAAACUCAUUUAAGUACCCCUUAUUAGGCCAAGAGAGCCAGAGGGGCAUCUUCCCAGGACAGGAGCCAUGGUGUGUGUGUGUGUGUGUGGCACAGACCAAUCAGGGACCAGAAAAGAAUGAUGUUCCCUUUCCUUGCCACAUACUCUAGCCUGUCAGCAAUGCACUGCACAGGGGACAAGUGCCCCUCAGCCUGCACAGCAGCUUGUCAAAGUUGAGGACUGUCCUGGGUCUAGGGACUAGCAUGCCCAGGUGUCGGCUCAGAGGAUCCUAGCACCAUCUUAAACAGGUGGGAGGCAGGGAAGGGUGCACCAGUGUGUCUCUCCCCGACUUUAUGUGGUGUUUUUGUUAAUGCAAAUCUGGGGAAGCAGGUGUGAUUGCUUUUUUGUUCGUAGAUAUUGUCGUAAGUUGAAAUCUCCCCAAACCUCCCUUAAUAGCCUUUAAGUUUUCCCUUCCCUUUUUGGUAGCUAUUUUCCCUACCCCUUCUCCAUGAUUUAAAAAACAAAAAAAAAAAAAAAAUAAAAAAUAAAAAAAAACAGGUUGUAUUAUACAGGAUCAAUAUUUUGCUUUUUAACAAGGAUAUUUAUGUAAUAAGAAACUUUGCCUUAGGCAGGUGUUGGCCAGAAAAGUCCAGAUUUCUCUGGGACCUCACCCUGGCCUCUCCUGGAGCUCUGAACCUGCUGUGGAAGGAAGUGGCUGUGACUUUCACCACUGGAGAGUGGGGUCUGUGGUGUGAAAGGGUGUUCAUAGUGUAAUUUUGGACUGUGUGGAGUGGUUCCUACCAACUUGCUUCAGGUGUUGCCUGUGUCAUCUGCCAGUUCUCCCAUGCGCAACCUCUGCGUGUCUGGCACUAGAAUUCCUGAACACUACUUCACACCCUUCUCUUACUCCCAGUUGGUUGAAGCUUUGGAGUCACUCUUUCUUAAUGCCAGAUUAUUUAAAGAAAAAAAAUUACAAGACAAAAACCUUCUAGCACUUUGUAAACACAGUGAAUAACCUCUUGGAGUAUUUUUGGCUUUAUAUAAAACAAGGUUUUUAAUUGUAAAAUAUAAGUGCCAUUAGAAAAUGCACAGGGCAUAUCUUUGUUAAAGUAGAUUUUUCAAUGUUUUACAGAAUUAAUUUUCAAAAAAAGUUUUUAUAAUGAAGUUGUUUAUUAAAAACUUCUGAAUGAUG